AACGGCCCAGAGCGCGCUCUCCACGCAGCAUCAAAAAAGCUUUUGCACGGGGCGGUGAGGAAGCUUAUCGUUUUCAGAAAGGGAAAAGAAAGGAAGUCAUGCCGUACACUAAGUUCGUAGCUGCUCUUGUUAGAGCAAACUCGAGCAAUGUCGGGAAAAUUCGCAUUUCAUCUGGGAGAUGUCGAUCAACACUUGCAUCCACCAAAACUCAAGAAGAAAAAGAACAACAGAUGGGUGGGUGCCCCGUGGUAGAAACUGUGCCGAUUGAAUUCUGCCAGAAAAUAAAAACUGGUGCAAACACACAGUUGAAUAAAAUCCACAUCGACUUCGACAACACUCAAGAAGCCUACAAAAGUAAGGGUAACAUUGACCUGCUCCGAAGUCUGCUGGUCUUCAAGCUUUGUACGAUUGACCUGCUCGUUGAAAAGAACAGUGAGUUGAUGGAGCUGAGUAAGAAGCUGCUUGGUCAGUGGAUGUUUGAGAAGAUGAUGAAGAUGACCUUCUAUGGUCAAUUUGUGGCAGGGGAAGACCACAACACCAUCAAACCUUUAAUUCAGAAGAAUCAGGCCUUCGGCGUGGGGGCAGUUUUAGACUACAGUGUUGAAGAGGACUUGACACAAGAGGAGGCAGAGAAGAAAGAAAUGGAUUCAUGUGUUUCUGAGGCAGAGAAAGAAAGUCCAGAUGCUGUUCAUCGUGAGAAGAAAUAUAAGGCUCAUCGUCAGUUUGGGGACAGACGUGGGGGGGUUAUCAGUGCUCGUACAUAUUUCUAUGCAGAUGAGGCCAAAUGUGACAACCAAAUGGAGACAUUCAUAAACUGCAUUAAAGCCUCCGGCGGAGCCUCUGCUGAUGGAUUUUCUGCUAUCAAAAUGACAGCCCUGGGACGCCCACACUUCCUUCUCCAGUUUUCAGAAGUCCUGGUUAAAUGGAGACAGUUCUUCAACUUCCUCGCAGCUCAGCAGGGAAAAUCUGAAAUGAUGGUUUUGGAACAAAAACUGGAGCUGGAACAACUCAAGGAAAGUUUGAUUAAGAUGGGUGUUGGAGCCAAGGAUGACAUUGCAAACUGGUUCAGUGGAGAGAAGCUGGGUUUGUCCGGAACAAUAGAUCUGCUGGACUGGAACAGUUUAAUAAACGACACAACAAAAAUCUCCAACCUGCUUAUGGUGCCAAACCUUGAGACCGGCCAGCUGGAGCCUUUGUUGAAAAAGUUUACAACUGAGGAAGAGAGGCAGAUGAAGAGAAUGCUGCAGAGAGUGGACGUUCUCGCCAAGCAUGCUUUGGAGAAUGGGGUAAGGCUAAUGGUGGAUGCCGAGCAGACGUACUUCCAGCCAGCUAUUAGUCGACUGACCCUGGAAAUGCAGAGGAAAUUCAAUACAGAAAAGCCAAUCAUUUUCAACACUUACCAGUGUUACCUCAAGGAAGCCUAUGACAACGUAAGUGUGGAUAUUGAGCUGUCACGGCGGGAGGGCUGGUACUUUGGUGCCAAGCUGGUCCGUGGAGCCUACAUGUACCAGGAGAGAGCCAGGGCGGAGGAGAUUGGCUAUGAGGACCCAAUUAACCCAGACUAUGAGGCCACAAACAGGAUGUAUCACAAGUGUUUGGAGUACGUGCUGGAGGAGAUUGAACACAACAGGAAAGCAAAUAUCAUGGUUGCAACUCACAACGAGGACACAGUGAAAUUCACCCUAGAAAUGAUGAAUGAGAUGGGCCUUUCACCCACUGAGAAUAAAGUUUACUUUGGACAGCUGCUGGGCAUGUGUGACCAGAUCAGCUUCCCACUAGGUCAAGCAGGUUUCCCAGUCUACAAGUAUGUUCCAUAUGGGCCAGUCAACGAGGUCAUUCCCUAUCUGUCUCGUCGUGCUCAAGAGAACCGUGGCUUCAUGAAGGGGUCCCAGAGAGAGCGCAGCCUGCUGUGGAAGGAGCUGAAGCGCAGGGUGCUGGGUGGUCAGAUUUUCUACACGCCUGUCUACUGAAUGGCAGGACCACGACAUACUAACUGGAGUACUUCUGUAAGCAUUCCACCAUCUUCACUGUACCAGUACCUGCUAACCGCUGCUAGAGGAGGGAGAUUAAUGUCCUUCCUUUGCUUUUUAUGCUGCUCAGUAUCAAAGAAAGUUUCACUGACAGGUAUUUUAAAGUUGGUUGCGAUAUGGGAUUUUUCUUUUCCUUUUAGCAGUAUGAAUAAUAACAGAAUGUUUAAAACACUGCCAUGAUAAUACAUGUAGUGAUACAUGUGCUGCUCCAUUAAGAAGUGAUGUUUGGUAUUUGUCUCAGGAUCAGUUUAUUUAACAUAAAACUGGUCAUGGUAAUCCCCAGAAUCAAUUCUGCUAAAACAGUUUGUCCAGUUACCAAAGGUGGCUUACUUGUAUAUAAUAGCUGUGAUGUGCUUUUGUAAAAUGAUGAAACAACCUCUUUGUAUGUUUUGUUCAGUGCAAGUAUUUAGCUGUCACUCAAAAGUGCCUUAUUAUUGUUUUCACAAGAUUAACUGGAAGCAGUCAGCUACAGUACAACUUGUUUUUGUUGUUGUUACUGCACACUCCUCCAACGGGAUUGUAAAAUAUUUUAGUAUGUUUAUUGCUGAUCAACUUUAACAAGUCAUUUGUUCAAUUAUUGUGCAACGUACUGAUUUUAGCAAAGGGAUGUUUGUGACUUCAGUUUUUCUUUGAAGACAAGAACAUCUUCUGCUCAUCAAAGACUUAGGGGCUCUGCUCCAAAAUGUUCCAAAAACAUGCCAUGGUUACUGCUGUGAUUUUUCAUGGAAGUCUGCACCCAACCACUUUCAGAACACCUGCACUGUUGCAUAAGCCGCAUGGGAGGAGAAACUGCCUGCCGAUUCAGUUUGAUAUUGUAGUGAAGAUUUCUGGACUGGCUGUGUCAGUAUCUCUGGUUUCGCUGCCGCCCAUAGCGCAUCAGUCUUUUGAGAGCUGUUUUGCCCAGAGUGACUGUCUGAAAGCUUGUUUUUGAUUGAAUGAAAAAAUUAAAUAUACAGGGUGUUUUUGGAGACAUGACAAAAGUUAAUAGUCCUAAAUCAAGUUGGCCUGCACUGCAGCUGAUUAUCACAGCAUUUCUGAUGCUUACAUUUUACAGUAUAUAUUAAUGUAUACAUGAAAUAUUGAUAUAAAAAGGAAAAAAACACCAGCCCCAUAAAACUCAAAUGAGUGACAGCAUCACAAUACAAUACGGUUUGACAACCGUCAUAUCAUUUUUGUUCCAGUCUCUGUCAUAAUUCUAACACAACCAACAAUAUUAACAAUCAGUUUUAAUUUACAAUGGUACAUAAACAAGCUGCUUUUAUUGGUCUGGGGUUGAUAUUAAAAUAACCUCUCUGAGUGGUUUGAGCUCCUGUUUUAACAAAUAGAAAUGAAUGAAAUCAAAUCAGUUUUUAAUGUCUUGUUAACAUAGUAACAGUAAAAGUUUUUGAUUAGACAUUUUGUUUUAAUUGAAGCAUUUGAUGUUUCUCAUAAUUUUUGUUUGGUUUCCUCGUGACUACUUUAUCAUUACAUGUCACAUGUUGUACAAUUGUAAAAUAUAUGUAAUUAAUGUAAUAAAAUACAGUUAAUGUAAAUUUAAAAAACA